AUGUCAACUAUCCUGAGUCCACUAACAGCGCUGCUGCAAAAAGGAGCGGCGUUCGAAUGGACAGAUGAGUGCCGACAAGCCUUCCAAGAGGUCAAGCAGGUGCUGUCAUCCCAACAGGUGCUCACACACUAUGACCCGACACUGCCCGUUCGUCUCGCAAGUGAUGCGUCACCAUACGGGGUUGGAGCGGUCUUGUCACACAUCCUGCCAUCUGGAGAAGAGCGACCGAUCGCAUAUGCCUCUCGAAAGCUCUCGAAUGCGGAACAGGCAUACUCGCAGAUCGACCGUGAAGCGCUCGCAAUAGUGUGGAGUGUGAAACGCUUCCACAACUACCUGUACGGCCGGCAUUUUGAGCUGCCCAUGGACCACCAGCCGUUGGUAUCAAUCUUCCACCCGAGGAAAGGCCUGCCUGCUAUGACCGUAGCACGUCUUCAACGCUAUGCGAUGUUCCUGGCCGGACAUGACUACACGAUCAUGUACCGCCAAACAGACAAGCAUUGCAACGCCGACGGAUUGUCACGCCUGCCGGUAGGAAAUCCUCCAGUUCCAGAUACGGCAGAGGAAGCGGUCAACAUGUUCUACAUGGACCAAUGCGAACCACUCCCAGUAACGGCGGAGCAGAUCAAGGAGGCAACAGCCAGCGACCCGCUAUUGCGUGAGGUCCACCGCUAUGUGCAACAAGGUUGGCCGAAGUCGUGCCCAAGAGCAGAGCUACAGCAGUACUUCCAACGCCGCAACGAGCUCAGCGUUAGCAACGAGUGCUUGCUAUGGGGCAAUCGCGUCAUCAUUCCGCCGGACCACCGGAAAGCUGUACUGACAGAGCUUCAUGAAGGCCAUCCAGGAAUGGUACGAAUGAAGGCAUUGGCGAGAAGCAUCCUCUGGUGGCCGGGCUUGGACGGCGACAUAGCAGACGCAGUCAAAGCAUGCCUCGGAUGCCAAAGUGUCCAGAGCGAACCUGCUGCAGCACCAGUGCACCGAUGGAGCAUGCCAGACCGCGCGUGGCAGCGCGUCCACGUAGAUUACCUUGGUCCAUUGCGGCAAACGAUGUGGCUCGUCAUUGUCGAUGCCUAUUCAGAAUGGCCCGAAGUCAUUCCGAUGCCUUCCACAACGUCUUUGGCUACCAUCGCGAGUCUGAGGACAGUAUUCGCCAGAUAUGGUUGCCCAGACCUUAUCGUCAGCGACAAUGGUCCACAAUUUGCGUCUGCAGAGUUUGCCGAGUUCCUCGCCUCGAACGGCAUCGCUCACAGACGCUCAGCGCCGUAUCAUCCAGCGACGAACGGCCAAGCUGAAAGGUUCGUCCAGACCUUUAAACGGGCAAUCCAGGCAGUACCACAGUCAACGCCUGCACAUAUUGCUGCUGACCGGUUCUUGAUGAGCUACCGCCGAGGAGUCCAUCCGGCUACAAACGCAACGCCUGCGAAGCUGUUCCUAGGCCGUCAGCUACGAUCACGUCUGGAUUUUUUGCGACCGUCGACGGCACAACAGAACGCCAAGACGCCCACCGAAGAGCCUGCUGGCAAGGCACGAUCCUUCGAGGUUGGAGGCGCCGUUCUAGCACGGGAUUACCGGAACGUCAACCAUCCCGGAUGGAUCCCAGCGACCAUACUCGAGAAGCUUGGGUCUCGUACGUACAUGAUUGUCACCAGCCAAGGCGCACAGUGGAAGCGACACCUGGAUCAGCUACGUGCGGGACACCCGUCCUUCAUAGUGGAUGAGCCGACACAAUCUGGGGCUGCACCAUGUCUCCCUCCAGUGCAGCACCCGACCGCAGCAGAAGCACCCGAGCCUGAGCCGGCUGUAGUGCCACAACAGCACGAGGCUGACGCUACCAACGACACAACUGACGCCUCACCGACUCCGACUCUACGCCGAUCGCUGCGGACACGCAAGCAAGUGUCUCGCUUGGGCCUGUAG